GAGAGCAAGGACGUCGACUAUGCUAUCGAUGCCACACCAUCCAAUCAUCGCCACACUCGAUUGCGUCCGCGCGUCCAUAAUCCAGGCAUGCUAACACCAUUACGCUAUCUAACGCCUGAAAUGACCGCCGAUGACACCGAAAGCUUGCGCGCGACGACGCAAUUAUCAUUCCUGGAAUCUUAUUUCUGAACUUUGGAGACCAGCUCUCGAUCAUUUCAAGAACAACGACCCUCUGUCCAACCACACACGCACACACACAAAACCAAAGGAAAAGAGGAGUGUGCGAGCGAGGGAAAAGCUGAAGAAGGCUGGCGACACAGUGGCACCGGUGCAGCGGCCGAAAUUUAAACUAGAGAUGGGAUCGAGUACCUCACAAGUACCUUCGAAUCUUCAAUCGUCGAAUACCAAUUCCAACAAGUAUUUUUCAAUACCACUUGCAAAUGGCAAGAAGUCUAAGCGAAAUGCAACAGUUUCGAAUGUUUCCAAUAUCCCCAAGUAA